AUGUUGAAUAGCAAGCGCUAUCAAUGCCACCGAUGCUCAAGGGCAUUUGCUCGUCUAGAACAUCUUCAAAGACACGAUCGCUCACAUACCAAAGAGAAACCGUUUGUUUGCGUUCAAUGCCCCAAGGCCUUUACACGCAAGGAUCUGCUGGCCCGUCAUGAGCGUCUCUCACACAACCCCGACACCAGUCCAGCCAACCAUCAGAGACACACGCCCUCCCCCGCGAAUCCUCCCAACCUGGGUGGGUUAGAUUCCUUGGCAUCUGUAGUCACAGAUAACGCCCAAUCUAAUCGCACCGCUUUGCAUGGGCGCGAUGACCAUUUCCCAGCGUUGUCACCGUCCGUACACCGCCCGAUACUGGGUGGCCAGUUGGCUAGCACAGACGCUCCCUCAGCAGGACACAGUACCCCAUCUCCAGGCCCGGAUUUUGGAUAUGCUCUAGGUGGCUUCGGACCGGGAUCAUAUCAUGACUUCACCUCAUUUUUGGAUAGCGUCCCCUUGCCAAAUCAUCCGUUCUCGCCGGCUUAUCAGCCACUCCCGCUCUUUCCACCGUUGCAGUUUUCCCCGGUUCCGGACUAUGAUCGGUCAUCUGAUAGAGGGACUCUAACCGAAAAUGCUCCUUCGACUCCUUCGAGUUCUGUACUCCCUCGACAUGAUGCUCAGCUUCCAUCACUCCAGCCGGAGGGGUAUCAUAUCUCCCCCACGGCGCGCCAGCCCACGGGAUUCGUACCGGUCACGGCUCAAUGCCGGGAGAAGUUUUUGGAUAUGUUGUCCGACUACGCCAAUGUGGUCCCAGAUCCGUCGCUACCAUCUCGGCAUGCGCUAUCCCGGUGCUUGACGGGGUAUGUAACCGGGUACCAUGAACACUACCCAAUCGUGCAUAUCCCGACCCUCGAUGUAGAUUCAAUGACAUUGCCGCUCUUCUUAUCAAUGGCGGCAUUGGGCGCACGGUAUUGCCGCGAGCCAGACACGAGCAUGCGUCUCUAUCAGAUUGCCAAACCAGUGACUCUGGAACAUGUUCGCCGAGUCUUCCAGUCGGGCAAGCUGCCCCCGGUCAACGCCGCCGACGACAUUGAUACCCUAGAAACCCUGCAAGCUUUAUUGUAUCUGACCUCAGUGUCAUUAUGGUUUAUUAAUAACCCUCCGUACCACGAGGCACUGUCACUUCGCAGUAUAAUGGAAAUGCUCACCCGGAAAGGAGGAGUUAACCGGUUACCUGAGAAUGACGGGUCAUGGAGUAGCUGGAUACGACGGGAAUGCGUGAAGCGCACCAAACUAAUUGUUCUCUGUUUCUUCAACAUCCAAACCAUAGUCUUCGACGUCCCACCGAUGAUUCUCACAGAAGAUUUCACCCUCGAAUUACCCUGCACCGAAAAGGAAUGGCAAGCUGCGCGCGCAGACCUCUGGCAGGCAGAGCGCAUGAAGAGUCCCGGCGAACCAAAAUUCCAAGAUGCCCUUUCCGCCCUAUUUGGGCCAACCAGCAAUGUAGAGCGAUUCUCCUCGCUCGGCGGCUACGUGCUAAUCCACGCGAUCCUGCAAGACAUCUGGCUAAUGACGAAAGCGGGCCGACUACCCGUAUCACGACGGAACCGCUUCACCCCAUCGUCAAUGACAUGCACACCGGAGCUCGUGCACGUCGAACAAGCACUAGAACGCUGGUGCCAGUGCUGGGAGCGUAACCAAGAGUCCUCCGUUGACCCACUCAGCCCGAACGGCCCGCUAUCCUUCACAUCAGCAGCUCUGCUUCGACUAGCUUACAUUCGACUCAACGCGGACUGCGGCUCAGCCCGCCAACUGCAAACCUGGGACCCCGUCCAGAUCGCAACCAGUCUCCGCGACAACCUCUCCGUCCGGCGAGGCGACCGUCUCACGCGUGCUGCGCUCCACUGCGCACAUGCCCUCAGUACACCCGUCAAGCUCGGCAUUGGAUUUGUCGCGCACUCACAGGUGGCGCUGUGGUCGAAUCAGCACGCUUUGUGCUCCAUGGAGUGCGCGGUGCUGUUGGCUAAGUGGCUUGAGGCGAUUACGGUGCCGGAUCCGGACCCGCGGCUGACGGAGCAGGAGACUCGGUUGCGAGAUUUUGUGCUAGAGAUGGUUAUGGAGGUUCAGCAUGGUGUCUCGAGAGAGUGGCUACUCGCUACUAAUACCCGGCUCAGUGCUGCGGUAACCCGGUUGUGGGCGCGGCUGUUUACGGCGGACUAUAUCUGGGAGAUGGUUGCUUUGAUUGGGAGAUCUUUGAAUAGCUAUGCGGAAUUGCUAGAGCAGUAG